UAGUAGCUUCCAAUUUUGUUAUCGGGCUUCAUCUGUAAAGUCUCAUGGAUGGAUGGAGGCCCAAAAGGUUGGGCUCAUAAUGGGCCUUCCAAAUCCAUGAUCUUUUAUACGUAUAUUUCUCCCAAGAAAUUAACAUAUCCUAAUAUAUUGGAUGGUAUCUGACAAGAUUUGAUUGCCGCACAUGGCAUCGGAGAAGUAUCUCAUGAUUCCUAUCAACUGCACGCAAGCAUGCACGAGAGUAGCUCUCCAUGCACGCAGGGACCCGAACCCCAUCUUUGCUUUCUUGAAGACAAAGCAUGCAGGUGGUGAUGGCUGAAGGGGAAAGCACCAGGAGGUGGUGGUGGAUCCAAAGGCUGGAGGAAAUGGAAUGUCAAAGCCCUAAUGAUUCCCGAUCAUGAUGAGCCGGAGCAGGCUCUCGAUACUCCCUGUUGUUGCGAGUGCUGCAGUCUAAUCAUCCAUGUCCGCUCCACCUUCCUCUCGUCGUCACCGUGAGGAGCGGCAGCGGAAAGGGGACGGCAGUGUUUGCUGCGACAUGAUGCACUGCGUGACCCACCACCACCACCACCACCACCGAUCCCUUUCACGUCAGCUGUCGGAAGAAGCGGCAAGUCGUCGCCUUUUCCCUCCUCUUUCUCCUGCUCGACUCGCCCUUGCAUCUGCUGCUCCGAAGCUUCCUCUGCCGAGACGAUGAGUCGCGUCCAGCACCAGCAGCAGCAACUCCACCACGUUUGCUCCUCCCCGCAGCAGCAACGAUGCGAUGACUGGAUUUUUCUGGAUGUUCCUAGUGAUAUCACCAUUGAUGUAAAUGGGGUGAGAUUUGCUCUGCAUAAGUUUCCACUGGUCACCAGAAGUGGUCGAAUUAGGAAGCUGAUCUCAGAGCACAGGGACGCUGCUGACACUGCAAAGAUCGACCUGCUUAACUUACCUGGGGGCCCUGAGACGUUUCAGCUGGCCGCCAAAUUCUGCUACGGCAUCAACUUCGAGAUCACCACCGCAAAUGUUGCUCAACUUUGCUGCGCGUCCGAUUACCUUGAGAUGACAGAGGAGUAUGCAGAAGCGAACCUGUCGUCCCGUUCCGAAGCUUACCUUGAUGACGUCGUUUGCAGAAGCCUGGAGAUGUGUGUCCAGGUGCUGCAACAGUGUGAAGGCCUCCUUCCCCUGGCCGACGAGCUCAAGAUCGUCAGCAGGUGCACCGACGCCAUCGCCUCCAAGGCAUGCGCGGAGCAGAUCGCCUCGAGCUUUUCGCGCUUGGAGUACAGCUCCGGAAGGCUGCACAUGAACAAGCAGGUCAAGUGCGGCGAGGACUGGUGGAUCGAAGACCUCUCUGUGCUUCGGAUUGACUUGUAUCAGAGAGUCAUCGAGGCCAUGAAGUGCCGAGGAGUUCGUCCGGAGAGCAUCGGAGCCUCGCUCGUGGACUGCGCCGAGAAGCUACUCAAGAGGAAGCCCAUCUUAGGGGCCAGAGCUGGUGCUUCAGCUGAGGCCAUCGAACGCGAGGAGAAGACGGUGAUCGAGACGAUCGCCGGCCUACUGCCGGGAGAGAAGCACACUGUGCCCAUGAGCUUCCUCUUCGGCCUGUUGCGCUCGGCGGUGAUUCUUGACUGUCCCAUGACCUGCAGGCUCAAUCUGGAGAGGAGGAUCGGGUCGCAGCUGGAGAUGGCUACUCUCGACGAUCUCCUGAUACCUUCUUCCCAACAUGCAGGGGAAACAAUGUUCGAUGUCGACGCAGUUCACAGGAUCCUCGUGGUCUUCUCUCAGCAGGACGACAGCGACAACGAUGGCUUGGGCUACGAUGCCGACGGUCCUCGCCCUCUCUCCCAAACUGCGCUGGACAAGGUGGGAAGACUAGUGGACAACUACCUCGCGGAGAUUGCUCCAGAUGCUAACCUCAAGCUUGCCAAGUUCGUCGUCAUCGCCGACGCCUUACCAGGGUAUGCUCGCACCACAGACGAUGGCCUGUAUCGCGCCAUUGAUAUCUACCUCAAGGUGUUUGUUCCCUGCUCCUUUGUUCUUGUCCUGCAUCUUGGAUCUGCAUCUCAUUUCCGUUGGAUCUUUCAGGCUCAUCAAGGGCUACCAGACUUGGAGAGAAAGAGGCUCUGCAAGCUGAUCGACUUCCACAAGCUCUCAGAAGAAGCCAGCGGUCACGCGGCACAGAACGAGAGGCUCCCGCUGCAGGCAAUUGUGCAGGUGCUUUACAUCGAGCAGCUAAGGCUCAGAAACGCAUUGUGCUGCUCCUACUCAGAGGAGGACCAGAAAACAGCUCCCCAGUCGCGAUGCACCAGCAAUGUUGUGUUCAGUUCAGGGCUGUCUCCUCGGGACAACUACGCGUCGCUGAGGAGGGAGAACAGGGAGCUGAAGCUUGAACUGGCCAGGAUGAGGCUUCGGCUGAGCGACCUCGAGAAAGGCCAUGCCUGCAUCAAGCAAGAUAUGGAGACGUCCAACUCGCGAAAGCUCAUACUCUCCUUCUCCAAGAGGAUCCGAAAGCUCAAACUUAUUUAAUGGCGCUGCUUCUGAUUUGCCUUCCAGAGUCAGUAGCAAGCCUUGAAUCACACCUCGCCAUUGAUGCACAAACUCAAAGUUUGCCUCUGAGAGAUGAUGAUGUUAGCACUGAAAGUAGUAGUGUAUUGUGAGUUCACAAGCUCUGCCAAUCCUGGUUGGUUCA